AUGGCGUCGAUCUCCACCGCAAAGCGAUCGUCGGAAACGAAGGAAUUUCCAAAUUGGCUGGAAAUGCCCGACGAACUGAUGGCAAAGAUACUUCAAAGACUGGGUACCGUAGAAAUCCUCAAGAGCUCACGGAAAGACAUUCUCAAGACGCUUACUAAGAAAGCAGUUGAUCUCAGCUGUGGGGAAUUGAUCGAUAUCAGUAUCUUAGGGUUUGGUAACGAUGAGCUCCUUGAUCACAUUGUGCUGCGGAUGCGGACUAUAAUAGAAUUGAACACGCUCUUCAGAAGAAGAAUAUUGGUUGCUACUUGCCCCAAAUUGGUUGAUUUUUGACAAUAUAAGGUUUAAUGCGUUGAGUUAUGAUAACUUUAUCAAACCCUACAAUAAAUACCAACUUAUAGUAAGAUUGGGGUGUUGAAUUUCUUCAUCUUGGGAUGGUCUCAAUAGUUUUCCAUGAUUUGAUGCCAAGGGUUAUGUUGUUAAUGUUGAUUAAUUCUCAGUUGAUAACAUGUUAUCACUUGAUUAAUGCUAAUAGUGUUGUAAACUGUUUUGUUGAUUAUUGUGAAAUCAAUUUGGUGAUCCUAUUGGUAUGUUUUGUUAACUUAGUGAUACAUUUUUAUGCUAAAUGAUGUUAAUUAUGUUUUAAUAAACUUAAUAAUUAAUAUAUCCGUAAAUGACAUUAUCACUGCCGUUCGCGAGUGAAGCCAUGGAUAUGUAGGUUUUAUCAUAUUUUAAUAAUUUCAUUAAAACUAUCUAUACAAAAACUUUUAUAUAUAGGGGUAUGAAUGUAUGAUUUACUUUCACAGCAUUUACUUUGUUGUCAAAUUUGGUUUCAAUUCAAUUACUAGUGUCAUAUUAAUGAAAAUAUAUGUUUUUUUAUUAUUAUUAUUAUUAUUAUUUUUAUUUUUAUUUUGUGAACAGGGCAAGUAAGCUUAAAUGUCUUCACCUUAUUAACUGCAUUUACAUGUGCGGUUUGGUUUGUGUCACAGGCAGUGGGUUGAUUAGGGCAGUUAAAAGGGUACCACAACUCGAGAAACUAGUCCUUAUUUAUACCUGUAUGAAAGGAAAAGAUAUUGAAGUUAUUGGACAGAAUUGCCCUAAACUCAAGUCCUUCAUCCUCAGCGUCCCCAGAUCUGGACUGAUAUUCUUCAACUGUGACAAUCAUGCCUUUGCCAUUGCAAAUAACAUGCCUGAGUUACGCCAUUUGAAGCUGUCUGAUGAUGCGAUGACAAAUAAUGGACUGAAAGCCAUUCUUAACGGCUGUCCUCACCUUCAAUCUCUAGAUAUUCGUAAUUGUCGUAAUCUUUAUCUUGGUGGGAAAGUAGGAAAACUCUGCAUGGAACGUAUCAAAGAUUUUAAGCACGACUCAAUAUAAAAAUGUGGGAUUCAUCUUAGAAUUUCUGACCGUGGAAGAAUUUUGUAUGCAACCCAGCCAUUGGUUAUCUCGCUGUGUCUGUAGUUUUGUUUUUGGUUCCUGUAAUGCUAUAGCUUAGUUUUCAGGACCCAAGUUGACAAAUUUAGAAUGGUUUAAAACUUUAAUUGCACAACGAUGGGAUCCUUUACCUUCCAAGUAUGGAGGAUAAGAGGAGUGUUCAUACC